AACUAUUGAGAGAUUAGUACGAUUUUAAUAACUGUUGUAAUCCUUUUAUUUUAGGUUCAUAACUUAGAGGAUUCAUCCGCAGUGUCAAAUGCCUCUUUACUGCGGUCGAUGCUUCAAAAACUGAGGAAGGAUGAACUUUCUGAUUUGAGUUCCCUGGGGGAGAGUCAGGCUGUGGAAAAUGCACUUAGUGGGGGUGAUAAUGAUCAGCAAGUAUCAAGCAGGAAUUUUAACGCUCAACUACCAGCUACUAAACAGGGGAAUCUCAGGUACUCUCCUAAUUUCAUUCCCAAAUGGGAACGCAGACAGUUGUUUCUCCUUCCACAUACUCUGGAUACUGUGGAAGGCCCCAAGCAGGACAGUGAAGAUCAAGAACUCCCACCUGGCAAGAGUGAUGAGCAGCCGCAUGGUAAGAAGACCAAGCCAAGCUUUGAAACAUCUGUUACUGUAUCAGAGAGACAAGAAAGGACAUCUACCCUUGAAAUUCAGGAGAGCAUGUCACUUCAUGAGGAUUCAUCACACAAUGAAGACAUGUGCCACACUCAGAUUUCUAACAUAUCAUUGGAAACAAAGGAAAGUUCAGGAACUGAUGAGUCCGUCUUGGGAAAUAUCCAUUUACAGGAAAUAAGGAAAGAGUUCAUUCCAGUUUCAGGAGAGAACAUAGAAAGUGAAGCAUAUGAAGAUGUUCUACCACUGUCCAGCAUGGCUGAAUCUCUCAGUCAGAGCUCUGAUGAGAUGGUGCUUGACCCAUGUGCUUCAGUGCAGACUCACAAUACAACAUCAGGUUACAGGGUAAGGAAAGUACAGCGGUCUUUGGAUACCUCAGUCCAGACAAAACAUGGCUUGGUAAAAUCAUGUUCUAAGAGUGGUGAACAGCCACUUAAGUAUCUUAUAAAUUACAAUAAGAUCAUAGUUCCUGGAGUGUACAGCGAGGACGUGCACAGGAGAUGUAGUGCCGAUGUUACAGCCCAGGACACUUCAUUAAAAAGGGGUUCAACAGGAUCAGCAGGGUCAAACACCUCUCUGGGGAAGGAGUCAGACAGGUGGAAGAACACUGAUGACAGGCAGAGAAAUAUCACUGGGAAACUGAAGGAGAGGUGGAGAGAGAAGCGUGAGAGCAAUCGGGGGAGUGGAAGUAGCCAAGAAAAGGAGCCUCUUUGUUUGGAACCAGAACCUCAGUCUGUGGAAGAGGCCAUGAUCAGUCUGACCUCCUUCGAUGAGGAGCAAGGGCCCAGUGAGAAUAAAACAUGUUUACAGAGGUGAGAAACAUCUGUAAGAGCACCACCAUGACUCACUAAUAUACCCUACAGGCCACCAGCUGU